AUGACAGACAACUGCUCCUUCGAAGCAGUGGACAGCCUGAUGAGCAAAUUGGAGCUGGUCAUCUACAUUCCCAUAUUCAUCUCUGGUCUGAUCCUGAAUGUCGUGGCGCUGUUAGUGUUCUGCAUCUUUCUGCGAAAAUGGACCGAGUCCAUGAUUUACAUGACCAGCUUGGCUCUCAUGGACCUGCUGCUCCUCUUUCCUCUUCCCUUCAAAAUGCAUGCGACUAACAACAAGUGGCCUGGCUCCCUCCAGCCUCUCUGCUCAAUCUUGGAGAGCCUGUACUUUGUCGGGAUAUACGGCAGCAUCUACACCAUCAUGUGUAUAGCCGUGGACCGGUGGGUGGCUAUCUGUCACCCAUUCAAAGCCAAGCAGCUGCGCUCGCCCAAAGCAGCUCUGGGGACCUGCGUGGGGGUUUGGGUGCUGGUGCUGUCAGUGCUCUCUCCAACGAUCCAUGGCUUCAGGGUGGUUGGGCAGAAUGACUUUCACUGCUUCCACGAGUUUUCAACAAAUGGCUGGAGCCCUUUGGUGAUCAUCUGCCUGCUGGUGUUUGGGUUCCUGGGGCCUGCAAUGGUGGUGAUCUUCUGUUCGGUGCAGACCAUCUGCGCUCUUCAGAGAUCUGGUCAGAACAGCCCUAAGAGCCGGGCCUGUGUGAAGAUCAUCUACAGCAGCCUUAGCGCCUUCCUGGUGCCUUUCACCCCGAGCCACCUCGGCAUCCUCCUGCAGUUCCUGGUGCACCAACAAUUCAUUCAGGACUGCGACAACAAGAUCAGGAUCAGCCUGUUCAUACAGGUAGCCAUGUGUCUGUCCAACAUCACCUGCUGCCUGGACGCUCUCUGCUACUACUUCAUUGCCCACGAGGUGAGAAACACCAAAUACACCUUCAGCAUUUCAAUGACCAACCUGAGAAGAGCCACGUUCAGCACGUCAGAGGUCUGAACAGGGACAGUUUGAGUUAGAACAUAAUGGCGUCCUCAGGAGGACAGUGAACACGAGUUCUGGCUUCUUA